UUGGUAAGGAAUCAACAAACAUCGAGUUAAAUGACCACGGAAACAGCAAAAGAUCCGAUUUAUAAAUCAUGUGUGCAAAGCUCUACGUAGAAGAAUUGAUUUGUAAAUCAUUGAAUCUGCUCUACUCCAAGCCAACCUACACUGACACGUCAUUUCAAACUUCGAAGACGGAAACACUGGAGGCUGCUGCUGGAAUCUGUUACUCAUUGAAGCAGUGACAAUUAAAUACAAUGGGUGGGUUCUUCUCCAGCUUGUUUUCCGGCCUCUUUGGCACAAGAGAGAUGAGAAUUCUUAUCUUGGGUCUGGACGGUGCAGGAAAAACGACCAUCCUCUACAGACUGCAAGUUGGAGAAGUCGUAACCACUAUUCCCACAAUCGGCUUCAACGUUGAAACUGUGACUUACAAAAACCUGAAGUUCCAAGUGUGGGAUCUUGGAGGACAGACAAGUAUCAGACCGUACUGGCGCUGCUACUACUCUAAUACAGAUGCUGUUAUCUACGUUGUGGACAGCAGCGACCGUGACCGAAUGGGUAUCUCAAAGUCUGAGCUAGUGGCUAUGUUGGAGGAGGAAGAACUGAAGAAGGCCAUCCUUGUGGUGUUUGCCAACAAGCAGGACAUGGAGCAAGCCAUGACGCCCACUGAGGUGGCCAACUCGCUGGGACUACCGGCACUCAAAGACAGAAAGUGGCAGAUCUUUAAAACAUCUGCCACCAAAGGAACAGGGCUGGAUGAGGCCAUGGAAUGGCUGGUGGAGUCCUUGAAGAGCCGACAGUAAUUUCCACCCCACCCUGUAAAUACUCCCUCUUCUGAGUUCCUGUUGAAAGACUGCACUUUGGACCAGUAACAUCAUGCCUUUGACAUUUAAAAGCAGUUGCUUAUUUCUGUUCUCUUUUUAAAAGAAGAAGCUGCAUUAAUAGAUGGAGGCAGUAUGACCCUAAAAUCUGUCCAAAUGCUCCCAGUUCAGAUUACUUAAGGAUAUUCAAAGGAAUAAUUUCUAAUAAUUCAGGUUAUACUGGUUUCAGACAGACCUGUUCUUCCUGUAAGGCAGUGUAACCUACUUCCUUGUCCGACAGUACCCCUGCCCUGCGUAGUACAACAAAGGUUGAGAACCCUGGUGUAAUUCAUAUCCACUACAUUUGUACCAAACAGUGAGCAUGGCACGCACAGUGCCUUACAGUCACUUCUUUUACUUUUGAAUACUACAACAGUCCUGCAGCUUUGAUACAUUAUUUCACUUUGGUAUUUUAGUGGGUUGUUAUUUAAUUGUGGUUUGUAUGCAGUGGAUUUGUCAUUGCGUAUUUAUAGUCCAGCAUGUACAGUGGCAAUAUUGUGAAAUAAAGCUGAUGUUGACAGAGUU